AUGGACCAUCCGAGUCCGUCCGCCCGCAGUGGCGCCGGAGGCGGCGGUGGUGGUACGGCAGCGAUCAGACGAGAGGGACCAGCAGGGGGGCCGGACGCAGUAUCCGACGAAAGCUCAGCGAGCUCCAUGUCGGACGACGAGGACGACGCAGGCGCUGGAUAUAGACCCCAGACGCCCACGCCCCCGCCCCAGCGACGACAGCAGCAGCGACAACAACAACAGCAAUCACCACCAUACCAUCCGCCACCGCCGAGGGGCAGCAGGGAAAAGGACAUUCGUGUCGAACGACAUCGCGAGCGCGAUCGGGAAAGAGACCGCGACCGUGAUCGGGAGCGUGAUCGGGACCGGGAGAGGGACCGGGACAGGGAUAGAGACCGCGAUCGGAAUCGGGAGCCGGAAUUCAGGAGGGGAGAACCACAGUCGCCGCCGUUGGACAGGGACCGCGGUAGCCCACCGACCCCGAGGGAUGUAAAGCGGCAGAGCUUCGCGGUGGACGACAGGCACUACAACAGCGGGCACGGAGGCGGCAGCAGCGCCCACCACAACGGCCACGUCCGACGACGACAGCAGAGUGUGCCGCCCAACAGCGCCCUCAACGGCGCCAAGCGGCAGAGCAUCACGGAACGGCUCAUGAGCACCUGGACGGCGCGCACGGCCAAGGAACCGGUGGGUUCCGCGCCGUCUGCGAUGCCGCCCUCACGCCGCGCCUCAUCGGCGUCGACGACGGCGAGCAAGUUCAACCCGGUGGGCCGCGUGCGCGAGUGGCUCGACACAUGCAACGCUGAGCACGGCGACCACUGCUCCGCCCCGCCGGGGGACACGUGGCGGCCCAUAUGGCUCAUCGACUCGGUGAACCGGUGCCUAGUGCGCGCGCGCGCGGCGGACCGGUACAUCGCGCUGAGCUACGUCUACGAGCCGCCGCUGCCGAGCUCGAGGGGCCCCGUCGAGACGCUCAGGGGGAACCUGGAGAUGCUGACGGCGAGCAUGGACGACGCGGACGUGCCGCAGACGAUAAUGGACGCCAUGUGGCUGGCGAGGAAGCUGGGGAUCAAAUACCUCUGGGUGGACCGUUUCUGCAUCGUGCAGGACGACGACGUCGAGAGGGAGGAGCACGUCAAGAACAUGGCGUACGUCUACGCCAACGCCUACCUGACCAUCGUGGCCGCCAUGGGGGACGCGGAGAAGGGGCUGACGGGGCUGCUGAGGAGGACGCCGCCGCCGCGCGGGGCCGCGUCGAGGAAGCACGACGACCUGGUGCUCUCGUCGCUGUGGGCGGGGCGGGCGUGGACGGUGCAGGAGGGCAUGUACUCGCGGCGCAAGGUGUACGUCUUCGAGGAGACGGUGGCGUGGGAGUGCCACUGCGACGUCUGGCAGGGGUCGCCGGCGGGAGGGGGACGCUUCAGCAAGAUCCUCAAGGGCGGGGGGCGCGGCGGGCCCUGCCAGCAGCGGACCUUCCCCGCGGCGACGGGGUACCUGCACCCCGUGUGGCCGGACAUGGACGAGUACGCGCGCAUCGCGAUGGAGUUCAGCGCGCGGCGGGUAACGCUCAUGUCGGACACGACGCGGGCGUUGCGGGGCAUCACGACGGUGCUCUCGCGGUCGUUCGUGGGCGGCUUCAUCUUCGGCAUGCCGGUCAGCUUCCUCGACGUCGCGAUGCUGUGGCAGCCGCGGGCCAUGGUGAGGCGGCGGAUGAUGGUGCAGCCCAUGACGGGGAUGAACCCGCUGCCGUCGUGGAGCUGGCUCGGCUGGCACUACGACGGCGUGCCCGCGGACCUGACGCUCUGGCGCGCCGCGGCCGACUACGUGCAGGACGCGCCGCCGUCAGGGAAGAAGGGCGCCGAGAGGCGGUUCAGGAGCCCCUACGCCUUCCGGCUGCGGUCGCUGGUGAGCUACGAGCUGACCGACCGGGCGACGUACACGCCGCUGCCCAACGACGGGAUGGCGUACCGCGACCGCAGGCACCGGAGGGCGGUGCCGCUGCCCGCGGGGUGGUCGAGGAGCAACGGCGGGUUCCGGUACGCCGGGGACCCGGAGGUCAUGUUCCGGUACCCGGUGCCCGUGGCGGAGAUGGCCGGGGCGGACGAGGGCGCGGUGGGGGGCUCCUCGCCCUUUGGGGACUUUGCGAUGAGCGCGACGCUGCUGUCGUUCAACACGUCCAUGGCAUUCCUCGAAGUCGACUUCGCCACGGCGCGCAACGGGGCGCCGAUCGACGCCAAGGCGGCCAACGCCGUCAACACGGGGAACAACACGGGCCCGGGGGCGGGGCUCGUGGCGCCGGGGCGGGGGUACGGGGUGCCGCUCGCGGUCGGCAACAUCUGGUCGCGGACGGGCAAGUGGUGCGGCGUCGUGACGGCGCACGACAGCUGGCUGGGCCUGCAGGGCGCGAACCACACGGGGGAGGAGAAGCUCGAGUUCAUCGCCAUUUCGAUGGCGAGCGAGCGGGGCGGCAGCCACGUGUUCGACCUGGACGCGUUCCGGGACAACAUGGACGAGGACGAGAUCGUCGACUUUGUCAACGUCCUGUGGGUGGAGCGCGUGGGCGGCGUGUGCUACCGGAGGGGCCUGGGGCACGUCGUGCAGAGGGUUUGGGAUGCCGUGGCGAGGGACCGGGUCGACGUCCUUCUUGGAUAG